CCUUGAAAAACCGAAGUUUUUAAACACAUUCGAAAUUUCUAUUCGUAAGCUGAAGAUCACACCACUCUUGUACGGAUUUGAGGCAGACCACAGGAAGCUUAUUUGAGUACAUUCAUUAUUAAUCAAACUGCAUUGCGACUGCACUCUAGCAUUGAAUUAAUGCAGUCGUUUCGAGACGAACAUAUGAAAAAAAUAGAGAGUAAAAUAAGAAGUAGGAGGCGCUCUUACGACGGAUAUUGAGUAGUGGGACGGGCCUACAUGCGCAAAGACGUAUUACCCUAAAUAAAUUGCGCAUUACACUAUAAUUAACCUAUGCUUCGACGGACACUUUCAUGCGACGACCUCUCAUACGAAACGAUCGUAAAUUAACGUUAUUAAAACAAGUUUACAGACUAUCAUGAACAUGUAAUUACGCAAAACGUUACGCCGCUGGGCGUGACAUCACAAAUCAGUCCGGUCGGGUUGAAGAUAACAUGUCGAUUGUCUGUCCUUGUCUAAUAAAGGCGUUGGAAAGAGAGGCGACGAGUGAACAGGCUGGCGUUGAUCGUAUUCUGUCGAGGGUGUCGCCAUUUUCGUUUUGACGAAUAUUGACAGCACGGCAGACAGACAGUGGCGCGGUCGUCGACGCAGCGUCUGCUCGACUAUUUUUAUUUUGAUUGUGAUUCACAUAGUGAACUGAUUACAUUUACUUACACGUAGUGUAACGCUUAUGAUAAAUCAAUUGUUAACGGCACAUAAUUUUGUAAAUAGUGAUCAACAAUACAUAAGGGACUUCGAUUUUUGGUGCUAACCUCUUUUUUUAACUUAGUGUUUUUUUUUAAGAGAACUGCAAGACUGUGAUCGAUAUGUGCAAGAUGUAUUACAGAUGACUCUGCAAUAUAUUUCGUACAUCGUUGCUUCUCUGAUGCGCCGGCGCAGCUGGUGAUCGCGGCGGGAUGCAGGGCGGCGCGCCCGCCGCGGACGCCGACCAGGCGCAGUUCGAGGCGGACAAGCGCGCUGUUUAUAAACACCCCCUGUUCCCGCUGCUGGCGUUGCUGCUGGAGCGGUGCGAGCAGGCGACUGCGGGGGCGGAGGCGCCCGCGGCGGACGCGUUCGGCGCUGACCUGCAGGCCUUCGUGCAGCACCAGCGCCGCGACCGCCGACCUUUCCUCGUCGACGACCCCGAGAUCGAUGGACUCAUGAUUAAGAGUAUACAGGUGCUGCGGAUCCACCUGCUGGAGCUGGAGAAGGUGCAGGAGCUAUGCCGCGACUUCUGCGGCCGCUACAUCGCCUGCCUCAAGACAAAGAUGCAGAGCGAGAACUUGCUCCGCACAGACUACACCUCAGGUGGGAUAGAGAGCAACAACAACUUGUCGGGCACGAUGGACGACCACUCCAGCACCAGCAACUCGCCGCAGUAUCAGGUACCAAAAUCGCCGCCAGCGCCCCUAGCGGCGGCGGCGGCGUACCCCGCGGUGUUCCCCCCGCACGCCGCGCUCCCCGCACACGCCCCCCACCCACCACACGCGCCCGCAGACCUGCACUACGCGCAGUCGCAUAGAGACGCCACGUCCAUGGUGGUGCAGGGCUCCACACCCAUCAGUCAGAUCGGGGCCGGGCUGGUGCCGGCUGACACCUUCACAGGCACAAACUCGAGCACUUCGAAUCAGUCAGCGCUGUCGCAGUCUUGUUCUUCAGUGUCGGGCUCGCCGCCGCCUGAUGAUGAAGAGGAGGGCGGCAAGCGCGGAGUGCUGCCCCGUCACGCCACGCAGGCCAUGCGAGCCUGGCUCUUCCAACAUCUAGUGCACCCGUACCCGACGGAGGAGGAGAAGCGAUCCCUGGCAGCGCAGACGCGGCUGACGCUGCUGCAGGUCAACAACUGGUUCAUCAACGCUCGCCGUCGCAUUCUGCAGCCAAUGCUCGACUGCAAUGACAAGCCGGGUGGAAAGAAAACAAAGAAUGGUUCUUCGAUAAGUAAAAGGUAUUGGCCGGACGCGCUCACCAACCCACAGUACACAGCGGGUUUACUAUCAUCUUCUGAGGAUGAAGAACAAGAUGGUGAGCAAUCCGGUGAGGAGCAGGAGAGUCAGCACGAGGAGCCCAGCGAUCCUGCCUACCCCAUACAACAGAGCAUGCACUAAACAGUCAGAGAAUUAAAUUCGCUUCCCACUUACGAUCGAAUACAGAAUAGCAAACUGUCACAAUGAAAUUAUUACAAUUACAGACCGAAAAAACUAACUGAACCGGUGGGCAUAAGUCAAACUUAAUUAUGACAGCACACUAGCGCCCCCCUUGCAACGUCAAUAGUGUCACAAGAUGCUCUUCCAGUUGUCAUAUCAUUUUUUUAUUUCGUUUUCUUUGCCUAAGUAGGUUUUAUUUAUAUUCUGACAGCCAGCUCUCUCUCACAGGUUAGGAUAUCCUUGUUUGACUAUAUUUACUUUGAUAUGACUAGUUUUAGAGCAAAUUACAUUGAAAGUAGCGAGUAAAGGACAGCUCACUGAAUGAAAAGGAAAAAACGUUCUCGUUCGUACACCUUAAUUCAUUUACUAUUUUUAUAAAUAAAAUCGAGGUGGUAUCAUGUCAGUAAUUCCCUUCUUUUACAAAUCUCUGUGGAGAAAAAAAAUAAUAAUGACGGUAUGAAAAUUAAAUUUAAGAAUCUGUCGUUAACCAUAGACAUCAAACAAUGGAUAAAAGUAGAUUCAAUAUUCGAUCGUAAUUUUGCAAUAUUAGACCAGAAAUUAAAAUUGAGUGCAUGUUUUGUAAGUAUAUUAUUUUGAUUUUAAAGGUUAUGCAAGUUGCCUCUUGUUUAUUAAAGGAAUAUUUUACGAGAAUAUUAAAAGAAGCAGUUAUAUUCAACAUAAAAAUAACCUGAAAAAUAAUUGUGUUCGUUUUAAUUCAUCAAUUAAUGAAACAACAACUUAGUUACAUUUAAAUAAUGUUUCUAAAUUAAUUGUUGUUGGUCAAACAUAAAUUAACUAUCAAAUCCAUAAACAAGAGACAACAUGUCAUAAUUUUGGCGGGAAGUUAUGACAAUUAUUUUUUUUAAAUAAAAAGACAUUGUUACUGUGUAUACCAUAGACGUAAGUGAUAGCAUAGAAACUUGUAUACGUAAUUCGUACCUCACUAUUUUAAAAUUCCUAAAUAUUCUUACAUUUACCCUUUAUUGAUAAUGUUACGGAUUUUGUGGGAGUU